AUGGCGCCUCUUGGCUGGAUCGCCACCACUGCAGGCCGCUAUUUGGUUACCGCGAGCUCUGGCAUUUCUAUCUACCCACUCGUCCGUGAUGGAGCCCGCAAACUAGCUGGUGAUGCGAGAUGGGCAUACGACUACUUCACAAGCUCUGCGACUGAGAGCUCAGCACCUCCUGCCGCAACACUACCUACACAAGCACCCCCAUCUACUUGGGUUCUGAGUGAAAGGGGUGGUAUUGGGAAUCAGAUGCAGAGUCUCUUCUCUGCUACAACAAUCGUUCUUGAAAUCAUAAAGAUGUAUCAGGCAGAGCAGAUUAGGAGAGAGCUCAAGGGUAUUGCAGACCAGCUCAGGAUCCAUAAUAACCUUGUUGCGGGAGGAGGCGGCGGCCCAGAUGGAUUCGCUCGAAAUGUUCUUGACUUCUUCAACCUCAAGGUGGCAGAGUAUACUCGUACGGAUGAUGACAGAAAGCACCGCUUCGGAAAGUACCGCUUCAAACAGCACCGCCUCAGAAAGCACCGCUUCAGACAGCACCGCUUCUUCAUCUACCAUCCCGAUACGCAUUGGCACGGUGCCUUUGCUAGAAUACGUCACGAGUCUGGAUCUAAACAACCGCUUUUGUUGGGUCUUAGUAACGACCUCUUUGCAAUAUUCAGGUUAAUGCUCUGUGCCCGAGUUGCUCUAGAAGCAGAAGCCGGGGACGGUGCUAGGAAUAUCACAUUUCAUCUUCUCAUACCCUCAUACUGCACGCUGGUCAUCCCUCGUUCCUUUGUCAUCCUUGGGAAUCUAUUUCCCUUGACCAUCGAUGGCCAGAUAGCACAAGGGGAAUGCCUGGUCUGGCUGAAUCUUCCUCGAAGGGAUGGGUAUGACCGGCCAGUACUAAACAAUGUCGGCAACUUGGACGAUUUGCCCGAAUCCAGCUGGAAAGAUCUCGCAGUAACUAGUGCUACAAUAACUACGGCUACGGCUACAUGGAUGGUUGCUACUCCAAUCGCUGUAGAGGCAGUGGCCAUUGCAUGCCCUCCCUUGGCCGUGCCUAUUUUCCUCGCUUGCGCCGUUGGCACAGCAUUAGCAACAACCUCGGUGGCGACGGCAGUAGAGAGCGCAUGGGAAGAACCACCACCAGCAUUUCUUGGCUAG